AUGAGUAGCUUCAACGGAGACGUUUUCAAAGGCCUCCGAAUAACUCAGCUCGAUGAUAGUGAUGAUGACAAUGUCGAAGCUCCAAUGGACCCGAUUAAUGUCGACGAACAGUUCGAUGAUGAUGACGAGGAAGACGAUGAAGAUUCUGAGCCUGUGAUAUUGGGUUUCGUCGAGAGUCCCAAAUUCGAAUGGUCAAGUCUCCGUCAACUCUUCCCUAAUUUAGCCGGCGGUGUUCCGGCGUGGUUGGAUCCAGUUAAUUUACCAACAGGGAAGUCAAUUCUAUGUGACUUAUGUGAAGAGCCUCUACAAUUUGUACUCCAGCUUUAUGCUCCGUUAACGGAUAAGGAAUCAACUUUUCACCGGACAUUGUUCCUCUUCAUGUGUCCGUCAAUGUCUUGCCUCCUUCGUGAUCAACAUGAGCAAUGGAAACGUGCUCCUGAGAAGGUUAUGCGGAGUGUGAAGGUCUUUCGUUGCCAAUUGCCUCGUGUUAAUCCAUUUUACUCGAGCGAAGCUCCGAAACACGAUGGAACAGACAAGCCCUUGGGACAUGGAGGUAUUGACUAA